AUGCCCCGCCUAAUCACAGACCCUCCUAUUAUCGAGGUCUCUGCUCAGCCGUCAGUGUCCAGGACUCACGGCCAUAUUGGGGACGGUGACGUCACAAGCGGUAUAAGAAGAACGAUCGGGUUGGCGGCUUCAGCAUUGCCGUUGCGCGAACCGUUGUUGGAUAUUGUCGGUCCCUGGACUCGGAGACUUCAACGCAAGAUCGUAGACAAAACAAAAGAAACACAAAACCGAAGGAAUAACAGCUGUAAUGACCCCGCCCCCUUUGAAUCCCUCAGCGGUGACGUCACAAGCGGUAUAAGAAGAACGAUCGGGUUGGCGGCUUCAGCAUUGCCGUUGCGCGAACCGUUGUUGGAUAUUGUCGGUCCCUGGACUCGGAGACUUCAACGCAAGAAACCCAAAAUGAUGAGGCAGGCGUUAAUAGUGGGCGUGGUUCUGCUGGGCCUCGCGAGCAGUUCGUGGGCGGAGGAGACGGUGCGCUCGACCGACAAUGCCUUGUACGAGGGCGCCCUUGAACUUGCCAGAUCUUCCACCGUCUACAGCUUCAACUUCAAGAACCUUGUCGUGUACAUGGUCAUAGCUUUCGUGCUCAUGGUGGGUCUCACGGGCAUCAGGACCGGCCUGGGCUUCAUCGGGCGCAGCGCAGAAGACUCUUUCUUCGACAAGAGCGACUUGCUCUACCUAACGACGUACUUGGUGAGCGACGGCAUCGAACGCUACGACUGCCUCAACCGCCUGGCCUGUCUGGAUGACCGGAAAGCCGAGCGGUUACUUGCCAGUUCCAAAAUGAUGAUCAACGGUGCCAAGUACCUCCAGCCGAUAUUCGGAUACUCGCUGGAAAAGUACGAAACGAUCUCAGACGGUGUUUUCGACGCCAUCGUGUUCCGCCAAGAGGGAGGUUCGUGUGACAGCCGAUACACGUGCCCUGUCAUGCCCAGCUUGUAAAACGAUCUCGCCCUCACUCCUAGACGCCAGUUCCUCCUCAUUCGCACGUGGACAGACCAUUUACACGUCGGCUCGAAGCUCCAGGUCGCACAGGUAGUGACGGAGGUACAUCCUCACGUACCUGAGGCAAACUGUAGGUUUAGGAAAUUUCCUUCUAUUUCUUUUAUACACUUGAUGAUCACGUAACGCUAUUUCCACGUGUCACACCUUCAUGCACGUUUUGGCCAGUCUUUCUCCCAGUUUUGAACAUCUUUGUGUUUCAAAACUGUUACAUUUAAGUUCCCUUUUUUCCUGAAUCUCACCACCGCAACAAUUUUUUUUUUCCCAUUUUCUCUUCGUGUGAGAUUUCCCAUUGCAUCCACUUAGCCAUUUGCUCAGAUGUACAAAGUGUAAUUCCCUCCCGGUGUAAAAGACCUUCACUUUAUAUUGAGUCUUGUGAUUUGUUAUGUCUGUAUCGUUGAUGUAGUCCUUGUACUAAUGCAUCAUGGCCGCUGGCUCGUCCCUGGUGCAUUGGCAAGAAGUCCUAAGCAUUAUGCAAUACCUCUUAUGCCAGUAAUUCAUAUGUUCUGUAAGGAUCGAAUUCUCUUUGUUGUUGAUUUUUAUCAUUUUAUAUAAGUGUACAUAUUUGUUAUAUUUAUUUAUCAACCUGAACAAAUAAAGCACACAAUUCUA